AAGAAGCUGACGGCGACGGAAUAUAUCUUCCGGAACACGGAGGUUCUGUCGUGGAAGGAGCAGCUGACGGUGCGAUCCAUGGUGACUAGCCUCGUGCUGAGUGUGGUGUUCAACUUCAUCGUCUGCAAGCUCAGUCUCACCACCGGCGUGAUUCCUUCGCUCAACGUCGCCGCCGGACUGCUCGCGUUCAGUAUGAUCAAGUUCUGGACCACCGCUCUCCACCGGAUGGGGUUCAUCGUGCAGCCGUUCACCCGGCAGGAGAACACUGUUGUUCAGACCUGCGUCGUUGCUUCCUCCGGCAUCGCCUUUAGCAGUGGAACAGCAAGUUACAUGUUGGGCAUGAUCCCUAGAGUUGCAGACCAAGCUUCAAUAGGGAAUACUCCAAAUAAUGUCAAGGAACUUUCUAUUGGGUGGAUGAUGGCAUUCCUUUUCAUUGUGAGCUUUGUUGGUCUUUUUUCAAUCGUGCUGUUCAGAAGGAUGAUGGUUUUGAAGUUCAAGCUCACAUAUCCUAGUGGAACAGCAACAGCUUACCUUAUCAACAGUUUCCACACACCAAAAGGAGCCAGGCUAGCCAAGAAACAAGUGGCAGUGCUCUUCAAAACCUUUUCAUUUAGCUUCGUAUUCGCAGCCUUCCAGUGGUUCUUCGCAGGUGGUGAUGAUUGUGGCUUUGCCAGCUUCCCCACAUUUGGCUUGCAAGCCUAUGAUCAAAGGUUCUACUUCGAUUUCUCGUCAACAUAUGUUGGUGUUGGCAUGCUUUGCCCUGCUAUGGUUAAUAUCUCCUUGCUUUUUGGAGCCGUAAUUUCAUGGGGAAUCAUGUGGCCCUUGAUUGAAGCCAAGAAGGGCAUAUGGUAUUCUGCUGACAUUCCAGCAUCCAGUCUUCAUGGCAUUCAAGGAUACAGGGUGUUUCUUGCCAUUGCCAUGAUUCUUGGAGAUGGGCUCUUCCACUUCGUGUUUAUGAUCAUAACAACGACUAUGAGUUUCAUGAAGCGUAGCUCAUCAGAGUCAAGAAGUGGUGAGGGAGAAGACUACGAUGAAAGUAUAAGGACUGAAUACUUCGAAAAAGACUCUAUCCCGAAAUGGGUUGGAGUAGGCGGAUACGCUGCACUUGCAAUCGUCUCUAUAAUCGUGGUGCCAUUAAUCUUCCAUCCACUAAAAUGGUACCACAUUCUAGUGGCCUACGCCAUAGCACCCGUCCUAGCUUUCUGCAACGCCUAUGGCUGCGGCCUCACGGACUGGUCCCUCGCGUCCAACUACGGCAAAGUCGCGAUCUUAGUUUUCAGCUCCUGGGUCGGCCUCAACAACGGCGGAGUCCUGGCCGGCCUAGCGUCCUGCGGGGUAAUGAUGAGCAUAGUGUCCACGGCCUCCGACCUGAUGCAGGAUUUCAAGACGGGCUACCUCACCCUCGCCUCGCCGCGCGCGAUGUUCUUCAGCCAGGUCAUCGGGACCGCGAUGGGGUGCGUGAUGACCCCGCUGGUGUUCUGGAUUUUCUACAAGGCCUACCCGCUCGGCGACCCCAACGGGUCCUACCCGGCCCCCUACGCCCUCAUGUACCGCGGCAUCGCCCUGCUGGGCGUGGAGGGGUUCGGCUCCCUCCCCAAGCACUGCCUCGCGCUCGCCAUCGGGUUCUUCCUCGCGGCCAUGGUCAUCGACGUUUUGAUAGAACUUCUAAGGAAGUACGAAACCAAUUACAGAAUAUAUCGCUUCAUUCCUAACCCCAUGUGCAUGGCCAUCCCGUUCUACCUCGGCGGCUACUUCGCCAUCGACAUGUGCGUGGGGAGCUUGAUUCUCUUCCUCUGGCGGCGGGCCAACAAGCAGAAAGCCAAAGACUUCGCCCCCGCCGUCGCGUCGGGGCUCGUCUGCGGCGAGUCGUUGUGGGGAAUUCCGGCAGCUAUACUGGCUUUAGCGGGUGCCAAGGCCCCGCUAUGCAUGAAGUUCGUUAAAUCUUAA